AUGGCACCGACUUCAGACAAUAGCUCCGAUGGGAGCAACUCGCCCUCGCCGCCACCCCUGAGCAAGACGGAGAGCAACGUGUCCGUCAAGAAGCGCAGCUCCGCAGACGGCGGCGUCGUCAAGGUCACAAAGCGCAGAGCCGCACGCGCAUGCGUCUCGUGUCGCGCCCGCAAGGUCCGCUGCGACGUGGUCGAAGGCGCACCCUGCGGAAACUGUCGCUGGGACAAUGUCGAGUGUGUUGUUCAAGAGAGCCGUCGGCGCAAGAAGAGCACCUUGGCGGCAAAUGCCGUGGGGCAGAGCACCCAAGCCGAGGCCCAGAUCCGUUGCAAGACGACGGCGACGACGACGACGACAGCCACCAACAGCAGCAAUAAUGCAGCCAACGACAGGGCGUCAUCAACCGUCAGCAGCGGCUACGCCAAUGCGGCGGACAAUGUCCCCGUCGCGCCCAUGCCCACGAAUGACCCGCGACGACAGAGCACCGCGUCGGCCUUUUCGUCGACGGCCAGCACCAGCAUGGACAGCCAGCUGGGCGGCCUCAUGCCCAACUGCGUGGUGGACUCGCACGUUCCCCAUUUCAUUUAUCAACGCUCCGGUUUCCGUCCAGACUUGCUGAGCCAUGGCUCCAUCGACCCUAGCCAGGCGAGCCCGACGUCGAGCAGCCUCUGGGGCGGUGACGGCAGCACCGUCAACCCCAACCGCCUCUUUGGCGACUCGGGCGUCGCCUCCUCCACGGCCGGCCUGCCCAGCCCGCUCGACCACUUCCAGUUCCACGCCGCGCCCCAGGCCACGCCCCAGCUCCCGCCGUUCCUGCGCCCGCUGCCCAGCAAGAUCACCCCGGAAGAUGUGAGCUAUCUCCAGAUGAAGGGCGCCCUGACGCUGCCCGCCAUCCCGCUCCAGAAUGCCCUGCUGCAGGCCUACGUCGAGUAUAUUCAUCCAUUUAUGCCGCUGAUGGACCUGCACCCCUUCCUCAGCAUCGUCAACAGCCGCAAUGGCUUCAAUGGCCAGAUGAGCCUGCUGCUCUACCACGCCGUGCUCUUCGCGGCCACGGCAUCGGUGGAUAUGAGACUCCUCCGCGAGGCCGGCUAUACAAGUCGCAAGGCUGCUCGUAAAGCCUUUUUCCAAAAGACAAGGCUGCUGUACGACUUCGACUACGAAUCAGACCGCCUGGUCCUGGUGCAGUCCCUGCUGCUCAUGACCUACUGGUAUGAGACGCCUGAUGACCAGAAGGAUACCUGGCACUGGAUGGGCGUCGCCAUUUCGCUGGCCCACACCAUUGGUCUGCACCGCAAGCCUGGCGCCAACUCCAUGACCAACAGCAAGCGCAAGCUCUGGAAGCGUAUAUGGUGGUCCUGCUUCAUGAGAGACAGGCUCAUUGCCCUGGGCAUGCGCCGACCCACCCGCAUCAAGGAUGAGGACUUUGACGUGCCCAUGUUGACGGAGAGCGACUUUGAGAUUCAAGCCUUGGCCGAGAACAACAGCCUGCUGCCCUCAGAGUGCGUCGUGAUCCGCGAUGUGGCCAUGCAGCGCGAGCUGGCGACCCUGUGCAUCUACAAGGCCAAGCUUUGCCUGGGCAUCAGCCACAUGCUCAAGACACAGUACUCGGUACUGAUCCGCGACAACAUGAAGCCUGAAAACACCACCAACAGCACCAUGAUGCUGUUUCCCAACAAGUUUGACAAUGUCGAUGCCGUCGACACCAUUGACGCCGAGCUGCGCGCUUGGGCCGACAGCCUGCCCGAGAGCUGCCAGUACCGCCCGCUCACACAGGCCGACAUUGAAGGCGGCCGUUCGACCGUCACGGUCCAUCGCACGCUGCUGCACAUGGCGCACCAGACAACCAUCUCGGCCCUCCACCGCCCGCAGUUCCUGCCCUCGUCGCCGACGCAGAUGCCCACCACCUCGCGCCAGGUGCAGGACAUGUCGCGCGUCAAGGUCCGCGACUCGGCCAUGCAAAUCACCCGCAUGGUCACGGAGCUGCACAACUUCCGCCUGGAAAAGUACCUCCCCACGACGGGCGUGACGGUGAUUCUCCCGGCCAUGAUCAUCCACCUGCUGGAGAUGAAGAGCUCCUCCAAGGAGGCUCGCGAGCGGGCCACGAUUGGCUUCCGCCAGUGCAUGCGCGUCAUGGAGAAGCUGCGCGAGAUUUACUCGGCCGCCGACUACGCCACCGGCUUCCUCGAUGCCGCACUGCGCAAGGCCGACAUCAGCGUUGGCUCCGGCAACAGCGGCGGCGGCAGCGGCAGCAGCGCCACCUCGGCCGCGCUCGCCCACCAAAUCAGCCAGAUGAACCAGAUGAACCAGUCCGCCGCCAGCGACAUGCUGCCCAGCGGCCUGCCGUUUGGCCUGUCGGUGCACACGCCGCCGCCCGAGACGCAGACGACGGCGAGCCUGCAGGAGGCGCUGUUCAGCAAGACGGCCAUGCUGCCGCCCAACACGGUCAACGCCGCGGCGCUGGAGCUGACGGACUCGCCGCCGCAGACCGACUUUGACGCGACGGGCCUGACGCCCAGCGCCAGCGGCCUCUCGGAGGAGCUGCCGCCGACCGAGGCGGACCCCAUGGACAUGGACUUUAUGGAGGGCCACGACGAGUUUGACUGGAACGCGGUGGCCGGCACCGACUUUGAUGUGGACCAGUUUCUACAGUUCCCCACGGAUGCCGGCAAGGGGUCCGCUGGCGAGGACAUGGCGAGUGCCUAUGGCAACAACGGAAACACAGCGGGAUCUUCGAUGGAAGAUGUCAAGAUGGGUAUUGAGGCAUCUGCAUAA